AUGCUCUUUGUGGAUCAAUUUUCGUAUUCAAGCGGGAUUAGUGAUUUUCCCGACAUCUAUAUCAAAGAUGCUACGACAGGUGUGGCCUAUCAGCUGGAAAAUUUGGACGAGCUGCAGCCCAAGAGCAUAUUGACACUGAAUAUCGAACCGCUGGACCAGGUAAAAGAGCAUGUGGAUUUGGCAAUUGCCGCCUUGUCCCGCGACCUUCGUGAGAUCAAGUCGCUCGUUCAAGCCGCUCCUCGUGACGUGCCGGACAAGAGCCGAUCUGUUUCAGGGGCGCGCACCCCAGCCACACCAAUUAGCGACAAGGCAUUCCAGGAGGCAGGCGAUCGAAUGUCCAGCCUGGCGUUACCUAGUCGUUCCGAGCCCUUAGCGGCCGCGGACUAUGCAGGGGAGCUCAAAUCUCAUUAUGACGCAGUGCAGCAGCUGCGUCAUGAUUUUGCUAUAUUAAGGCAGGUUCAUGACGAGGGCGAGCGCGAUAUGCACAGCACCUUUGCCGCCAUUCGUGAGCGUGUGAAGGAAAUGAAUUCGAUUGUGGCGCUGGGCCCCUCGACAGGACGCAACCUGAUCGAGUCUGGAAAGGCAAAGUUGGACGUUGAGUCUCAGCAGGUGCUUACCAGCGUCGAAGACUUGCAAGAUGUGAUUGAAGAUUUGAAAUUAGACGUGAGUCACCGAGGUGUGAAGCCGAAAGCGGCUGAAAUGCGUCGGAUUACUGGGGAUAUUGCUACAACGACAAAGCGUUUAAAUGAUCUUGAGCGAUUCGUGCAAACUGUGCGACCCCACUGGAAAAAGACAUGGGAAAGCGAACUACAGCUGAUUGUCGACGAGCAAGAGUUCCUUAACUACCAAGAGGGUUUGCUUGUCGACAUGCAGCAAGACCACAAAGCACUCCAGGACGUAUUCAGCAACAUACAACAAGUCGUGCGCCUGCGAGAUGUAGGUAUGGCGCAUGGCAAUGAUCCCAGCCGGGGCCCACGGUAUGUUCCACCACCACCAGAUGAAGAGCAUCAGGGACUACCAUCCGUCAUGGCUGAAGUCCGCACGCAGUCCAUUGACCACGAGCGCCGGCUACGUGCAUUGCAGGCGGCCGAGCGUUCGCGUGAGAAGGCCAAGGCUGGGCGCACGGACGAGUUCGCCAACGAGCUGGCUGGUUUCGUGGAUGGCAAAGCUCUGCGUCGUACCGGCGGCCAUCUCGAGGCGGAGCGUGUACGGCAAAAACGUGAUCAGACGACUCUCCGGGCCAUGCUGCACAAUCAAGGUUCAUCUUCGUCCUAA